CUUUAACUUCCUGGUCUUAUGUCCUUUCAAUAUGGCGUUACACACAUUGGCAUUUAUGUGGAAUGGAAUGAUGGAUAUAUGCAGGGUUUAUUGUUGUGAAAUUAUACAUACCAUCCAAACCCAGAUGAUCAUUAUACAUGUGUAAGCAAGAUAUGUUCCUGGAAUUGUUCCAAGGACAUGCACUGGAGCGAGAAGUAUGUAAAGGAGAUGUUUUUGUCCACUGGGUAAAGGCCAAGAGUUUGCUGACUAGCUGUUCCUUUCUGUCCCAACUACCGGAUGCAGACGACGUGAAGUGUUCGCACAAGACUCAAUGGAACAAGGCGUUCCCCGAGGGCCUUGAUGCUCACCAAGUAGGAAAAAACCCCCGGGGGUGAGCUGUGUAGAAGUAUUUAUCACGCCGCUUACUCGGAUACACAGCUUGUCUCAUUUGGGUUUUCGAAGCAAAUCGAAAAGUGUUUGGACAUGGCAUCAGCCGAAGAUGUGGAGAUGAUAACGUUUACCCCACCGUAUAUGUGCGAUAACUCAACUCCAGACGUCUUCAAGCGACAUGCAAUCAAAGAACUCAUAAAUACUAUUUGGCACUAUCACGAAUUCCACCCAAAGACGUCUUUGAAGAAAGUGGCAAUUGUUAUAAAUCCUGGAGAUAUGCUGGCCUACAAGGCUGCCAGUGAAAUCCUGCACGUGCUAGGACUGGAAGAAAGUCCUGAAGUAAUAAACAAGUUAGACAAACAGGCUUUUACAACAACUGAAAACGCCGAGACAAAAGAAUCGUCCAACUUCACAGAUGCCAGUGGAACGGACUCCGUAUCAGCGCCAGAGACAGGAGUUAACACGGAAGCGCCUUUAAGAGACAACACUAAGCGAAGAAAUCCAGUGCCACUACCCAGACUGAACCGGAACAGUGCUCCUAGUCAUCUAAUGAGCAUUUGCAGUGGGAAAGGAGACAUGUCUAUAUUUAAAGAAAACGCUGAGACAAAAGAAUCGUCCAACUUAACAGAUGCCAGUGGAAGGGACUCCGUAUCAGCCAGUGCGCCAGAGACAGCAGUUAACACGGAAGCGCACCCAAGAGACAACACUGAGCGAAGAAAUCCAGUGCCACUACCCAGACACUCUCUAAGACUGAACCGGAACAGUGCUCCUGGUCAUCUAAUGAGCAUUUGCAGUGGGAAAGGAGACAUGUCUAUAUUUAAAGAGAACGCCGAGACAAAAGAAUCGUCCAACUUAACAGAUGCCAGUGGAACGGACUCCGUAUCAGCCAGUGCGCCAGAGACAGGAGUUAACACGGAAGUGCUCCCAAGAGACAACACUAAGCGAAGAAAGCCAGUGCCACUACCCAGACACUCUCUAAGACUGAACCGGAACAGUGCUCCUGGUCAUCUAAUGAGCAUUUGCAGUGGGAAAGGAGACAUGUCUAUAUUUAAAGCAGAAAACGUCGAGACAACUGAAACUCCCAACUUGACAGAAGCAAGUGAAAUGAAACCAAUAUCCGCCAGUGUUUCAGAGACAAAUGUUAAAACGGGCGAGGACACUCAUCACAAAUCUAACAAAAGGAUGCCAAUGCCAAGCCAAAGGAAGUCUCUGACACCAAACAGUCUGCCCGCUGUUCACGUAGGUCAAGGACUCCCCACGCUUGUGUCCGAAGAUAUAGUAACAGCAACGCCAGAAAUUAUAAAUAAGAAAGAUCUAACACUGGCAGUCUGUGCAACGGAAACGUCUGAAGAUUCACUCGACCUGUUACAACCUCAGGAAGAGGAGUCCCGUGUUUCAACACCAAGCCCAGUACCAGCUUCCAGUAUGUCUCCUGAUCUGAAGCAACAGAACACACCCACACCGAGCUGUACGACGUCCACAGCUCAAGACGUAGUGACAGCAUCAGAGAACAAGUCUACACCAAUGCCAGAUCCAAAUAAACUGGAUACAAGUGGCAAGCUACAACACAUGAAUAUUCUGCUUAUUGCGGGAGAUGUCACAGAAGAAAGGGUGGAUGCAAUAGUGAACUCGACAAACAGAAAGUUAGACCUUUCUGUUGGACUAGUCUCUAGAGCUAUAUCUAAAGCUGGUGGUGAUUCGCUGAAACGUGAAAUAGAGAAAUAUAAAACACAAAACUCGAAAGACCCGACUACACAAAUUGCCGUAACAGACGCCGGAGACUUGCCUUGCUCAAAGAUUUUUCAUGUCUGUCUUCCGCGAUGGCCACCUAGUGAACAAAGUGAAAACCAGUCUCCUUGUGAAAAGAAACUUUGUGAAAUUAUUGAGAUGUGUCUUGUUUGUGCAAGUGUGCGAGGUAUGCACAGAUAUGCUGGUACUUUGUUCCGAUUUCCACUACGAACACAGCUGCAAGCAGACCAAAGUGACAUCAGUGAAUUGUUCUAUUCUUCAUCCGAAAUGAAAAAAUUCCUUCAGAUGUUUGUAGGUAGUGCUGGAAAUUUACUUCUUUUUUGUCAAAAUGUGAAAACUGUCCGAAUGUACCAUUUGCCAAAAAAUAAAUCUGACCCUUCAAAGGCCACCCUUCUUGUAGAAGUAAAGAAGAACAUAGAUCAUAUCAGUACACAUCUCUCUGACUCGGUGCUAAAGAGCUUUUCUGUUAUCUGGAAUGAGAAAUGUCAGAGCAAAAACUUUGACACCAGUGAUGCCAUUAAUGAAAGAAUCAGUAUCUCUCUCUCAGUGUUUAAUGCAGCAGACAAAGUGUGCAGCAUUGCUCCAACAGUUAGUAAGGUGAGCUGGAUUAUUGCCUGGGUACUGGGAAGAAAGGAGUCUGCAAAGAUGGCAAUGACAAAGAAACUGAAAGGGCUUUUGCCAAUUGCAGCUGCAGCUGUGCCUGUUUGUGAAAAUCAAGGUCACAUUGUUCUACUGCCAUUAUCAGACUGCUCCCAAGGAUUUUACAAGGAAGGUCACUUGUUUUGCUUUUUGCCAUUACCAAUUACAAUUCCAUUGCCAUUACAUAUAAAUGGGGCAUUUGCUGUGACACAUGACAGAAAACAACUAUGUUCCAAAUCAGAAGAUGAAAAAUCAUUUUCUACUGAAGCAAAAUGGAACGAAGUUCUCCAUUCAGAUGCAGUGCCAUUUUCUGUGAUCAAACUUUUAGAGGCCUUGAAGAUAAAUGGUGAUAUUGAUCCCACAAGCUUUUAUAAAUUAUGGCCAGGUUCCGAAAUACAGUAUGGAACACUUGUUAAGCAGUUUCAUGAAAUAAUUGUUUAUGAGAAUCCUGAAGUUCUCUUGUAUAAUGGAAGAUGGGUUUGCUUUCAAAAUGCAUUGGUUUUAGACCCUAUGUUACGUUUUGCAAAAACUGUUGGGAAAACAGCAUUCAAAGCAUUUGAAUACUUCUACAAAGGGAAGGCAAUUGUUAUAGAUCUUCCAGAAAACAUCCUUAAAGGUUUUACUGUAGCAGGACUGAAUACCGAGUUGAAAUCUCAUACAUUGAAUAUGAAUGCUUUUUAUCAAGACAUUUUCUUUCCCAACAUCAGUGAUCCUUACUGGAAUAAUGAGGAUAGGGAUUGUUUGGUAAUGUUUGCUUUACAACAUGGAAAUGCAGAAGUGAAAACCCUACUUGAGAAGACUCCAUGCAUACCAACAAGACCUUUAGGAACACUCAAACAACCAAAAGACCUUGUUCAUCCAAAUGGAAAGACAUCACACUUGUUUCAGGAUUCAGAUGGAGUCUUUCCAUUAAAUUCUAAAGAAAAUAACUUUUGCACUGCAAAAAUACUUUCUGUCCUAAUUGAUCUUGGAAUGCAACAUGAUGAACUGCACUGGAGUGUUGUCUAUGAAAGAGUUACAUCCAUAGCAAAUUUGUGUCAAGAAAGUAUACAAGAUGCAGUUAGGCGAUGCAAGUAUAUCUUACAUUACCUUGAAGAAGUUCUAAUAUUGCAAGGUAGCAUGUGUGAGAAGAAUCGAUUUAUGACUUGUCUAGAUGAGUUUAAAGACAAAAUACAAAAUCAAAGGUUUUUGCCCAUCCUCCAGAAACCAGAGAAUUGGCCAACUGUUUGGUGCUGUAAUGAUGAGAACAAGUAUCUGGGAACACCACUGUCUCUUUGUUUUGAACAAUGCAUUAAUAUCACCUGUUCCAAUACCCUUGUUUUAGAUGGGAAUUCCAUAGACGUGAUAUCAACCAGAAAUGUUCUCAAAUGGCUUGGUGUACAAUCGGAACAUGAUAUUCCAGCAUCAAGGGUUGUUGAACAUCUGUUGACAGUAUCUUUGACUCCGAUACCUAUACUUGACACUACUGCAUACAAUAAACUGUCAUCUAUGUGUUUAUCCAUAUAUUUUUAUCUGAACAAAGUCUGUUCAUCUGCAAACACAAGAGAAAUGAAUCUAGUUUUUGACAGAUUAUGUGGUAAACAAGUCAUCCUGCAGGAUAAAGCAUUCAUCAGGCCUGAACAAAUGGCAUUUUCUCUGGACUAUGACUUGAAGCCUUAUUUGUACAAAGUAGACACUAUUUCAGUAAAAAGCUCAUUUCUGAGAACUAUUGGUGUAAGAGAGAGUUUUGAACCAAUAGAUGCUGCAAACAUUAUGAUACAGAUAGCAGACCGCUGUGAAGGAAAUGCAUUAUCUAAAACACAGAUUCACUGUUAUCAAAAGGCAGCUUCUUUUUUGGUUCAUCUUAUGGAUACCAAUGAGCCUGGAUCUGUAGGGAAAGUAUUUGAAUCCCUUUUUCUCCCAGAUAAAAGGGGUGUUUUGCAUCCAUUCUCUGAACUCUGUUUAGAUGACUGUGAGUGGCUUAACGAAAAAAAUUCUAUGAAGUUCCUUCAUCACAGUAUGUCAGUUGCAGUUGCUGUGGCCUUUGGAGUUAAGACUAAACGCCAGGAAGACCUAAAAUCACAUUCUGUGCCAUUUAUUAAGUCAUUUGGUCAACACGAGGCUCUGACCAACAGGCUGAAACGGAUUCUGGAAGGAUAUCCAUGUGACUCUUCUCUCAUGAAGGAACUCCUGCAGAAUGCUGAUGAUGCUGGGGCAACUGAAUUGAUGUUUAUCAAAGAUUUCAGAACGCAUCCAUGCAACAGAGUAUUUGAUGAUAGAUGGAAGUCAUUGCAAGGUCCUGCCUUGUGUGUUUAUAACAACAGCUAUUUUACACAGAAGGAUUUGGAUGGAAUACAGGACUUGGGUCUUGGCAGUAAAGCAGGUGAUCCACUAAAGACGGGCCAGUAUGGGGUUGGAUUUAAUGCUGUUUACCACCUGACAGAUGUUCCAACCUUUCUGACUGUGGGACCAGAAACUGAGGAGACAUUAUGUGUCCUGGACCCUAACUGUCUGUACACUCCCACUGCUGAGCCAGGUGUUCCAGGGGCAAGGUUUGAUAACAUAGCACAAUUGCGUACAUCAUACAGAGAUGUGUUUUCAUGUUUUCUUGAAGAUCAAAUUGCACUACAUCCACAGGGCACACUGUUUCGAUUCCCACUUCGUACUGAAGAAAUGGCCAAGAAAUCAGACAUUUCUAAAAAGGCUAUUGGUAUAACUGAAAUUGAACAUUUGUUAGAAUCUUUUAAAUGUGAAAUGGCCGAAUCACUUCUCUUUCUUCAUAACAUAAGAAAAAUUUCAGUGGCAUCCAUAAAUGAAAAUGGAAAUAUUGAAAAGGAACAUGUUGUUGAAGCAUCUGCCGGUGCUGAAAACAUUCAGAAACAUCAUCAGUUUCUUAAAACUCUUGGUCAGCAAGUCAAAAAUGCAAGAACUCAGAAGAAAGGCCUGAAGGAAAUGAACCAACAACAGAUUGUGGUCACACUAAAGCUAAAAAACUCUCAUGAAAAAGAGGAACAAGAAUGGUUGGUUGUUCAUCAGUUUGGAUUUGCUGCAAUUUGUGAUUUGCCACAAGAAAUAGAUUCAGCAUGGAGGAAAGGAGACAUCAAGCUGUUACCGAGAGGUGGAGUAGCUGCACGCCUUGAUGAACCACAAGCACAGUGCGACAAGAAAGCCUUUUGUAUGCUUCCGCUGCCAAUUGAAACAGGCUUACCAGUCCACAUAAAUGGACAUUUUGCUCUUGAUCAUGAAGCUAGAAGGAAUUUGUGGCAUGGUACAAGUGAUAUCCGAUCCAAGUGGAACAAACAAAUGGUUGAAGCACUGAUUGUACCAGCGUAUCUUACAGCUCUAAAGCAGAUGCAAGUGUUUGAGGAUGUGGAUCCUGAUAGGGUGCAGCAUUCUGUGAACAAAUACAACUCGCUGUUUCCUGAUGGAAAUAAAAUCAGUGAUGAGUUCUGGAAAUCACUAGUAAUUGCAUUUUAUACAACAGUAUUUCAUAACAGAUUGACACUUUUCCCUGUGAUAAAUUGUUGUAAGGAGUCUGAUCUUGUCAGCUGGGUUUCUGUAGGUGUUACCAGAGGCUUUCCAGGAUAUUUCAAUGAUUUGGAAUCUUACUUUAAAGAUAUCAGGAUACACAAUGCAGAGGAAAACAAAGAACAGCACAAUCCAGGGUCAUCAACAUUUGGCAGUGUUUUCAGAAGUAUACCAAAUAUGGCUACUAGUGCAUCACGAUUAGUGUCUACAAGCUCAAGUGAAGUAAAGCAUCACACAUCAAAAGCAUUGAAACUAGCUGCUUUGUUGAAAAGAAUUGGAAUGAAAGUAAUUGAAGCACCACUUUGGAUCUACAGCAGCUUUGAUUUAGCUGACCUUGGUAAUGAAGUCCACACUGUAAAUCCAGAAAAUGUUAUUACUUUCUUGAAAUCAUGCAGUUCAGAAGAGGAAACAGACAGAUGCUUUGUUGGUCAAUUACCUCAGCCAGUUGACUUAUCUCCAUUUGGUGACAGUUCAACAGUCAGAUUUGUUAUCACAUUUUGUCAAAACUCUGAAACAUUUGGUGAACACAUAAUUGGUCUUCCAUUAUGUUUGACAAACUCAUCUUUGCUCAGAUAUUUUAGCAGUCAGGAUCCAAUUCUUGUAACCAAGUUCACCGAUCUUAUUCAAGGAUCACCAGAUGCAUGUCUUCACAAAGACAUAUCUGACUUGUUUUUAAACUGCUCACAGUGUCCCGCCAUAAAGAAAAUGGACAUCAGAGACCUUUGUCAGUUGCUGGAUAAGACUUUAGAUGCAGCCAAGUUCAAACAAGGGACACCUGUUGAGUGGAAUAACACUGAACAACUCCCCACAAAGAUAUGGAUCAAGAAACUGUGGACAUUUCUCUUUGAUGAAUUACAGAAUGAAUUUACUGAAGGCAAUUUGUCCAUUUCAAAGUUCCAAGAACUGAGAGAAUGGAGCCUGUUGCUUUGUUCAGUAAUUAGAGUUGAGAAAGACAUAACAAAAAGUGCAUCCUUUAAUCAGCUAUAUCCUCUUGAAAAAGCUGAAUUUGUUGUAAAUCUUGAAAUUGAAACCAGCAAGAAAGUAGUUACAGCUUUGAAAACUCUUGGUUUGCCCUGCUUCAAUUCAUCUCCAUUUCUGUUUGAUGUAAAAAUAGCUAACUUUGCAUCAUCCCUAACUGCAAAUUUAAAAAAUCCACACAGUAUGUUAGUUGCUUUGUCCAGUCACAAAUAUGAGAAGAUUCAGUCUACUGACAUUGCCUGUACUUUGUUGGAAUACUUUCGUGACAACUUGAAUGAUCUGCAGUCUGUCAAGAAUGAGGCAGUCAAAAUGCUGAAGGCUUUGCCAUUUUUUGUUACCCUUUCAAGAUCUACUCUGUCACUGGUGAAUUGCUGCAGGCCAGUGUUUGUGAUAGACAGUUAUCCAUAUAUUCCACGAGCAGGAUUAGAUGACUGGUCUUCACAGACUGGCAUUACUGUGUUUCGAUCUGAACAUGCCCUGAAAGAGCUGUACACCUUCAUGAACAUAACAGCACUUACAUCACAAGGUUUCUAUAGCCAGUAUCUUCUACCACAGUUUGAGUGUCUGCCAACAGAUGCUAAGGCAAUCCACUUAUUGCACAUUAAAAAUAACUUGCUAAAAGCAGGAUUUGACCAGGAAUGGAGCACAGAUCAAUCCAAUCUAAUACACACACUGCGGACAUUACCAUUUAUAGAGAAGACAGAUGGUACUCUUUGCAGAGCCUGUGAAUUUGUCAGUAGCAUGGAGAUUGUGUUUGAGGUAAUGUGUCCAACAAAGUUUCCUCCACAACCUUAUGGUAGUUCAGAGUGGCAUGACUUUUUAGUAUUGGCAGGCAUGAUAGACAAGGUAUCUGUUGAUCAUUUUGUCCGAUUUGCAAAUGAAGUUCACAUACUAGGUAAAGAAGGCAUAACAAUAAAGGUUGCAAAUAUGUCCAAUACACUUAUUGAACAUUUAUUUAACAGACCAAAUCUCAUGAAGGAAAACCUUCUGUCAAAGAUUAAGCAUAUAAAGUUUGUUUUGCCAUUUUGUAUAAAAGAUCAACAUAAACAUGGAAAGACAUUGGAUUCUAUUCACAAACAGUUUGAAAAUGGAUCACAGUUAAUUGCCUUCAGCGGAUCAGUGUCUUCUAAGAGCUGUUAUUUAGGUUGGUCAAAUUGCACAUUACAUCCAGAGUUGCCAUAUUUUGACAAGAAAAUAUUCUCACAACUUGGAUGCCAAUAUACUCCAAAAAAAGAUGAUGUCAUUGUCCAUUUGAAAAACAUUUCAGUGUCUUUAAAAAAAAUGAAUGUACCUGUCAUAAAUGGAAUCAAAACUUGUUUGGAAGAGAUAAUGCACAGCUGUUAUCAAUACUUAAAAGAUGAAGGAGUUAACAAACAAGACAAAAUGUACUUAGAAGCAUACCCUGUCAUUUAUCUCAAUGAUGUAGGAUGUAUGGUCAGAGCAAGUGAUGUUGUUAUUAACCUUGAAAAAACUGAUGCUAUUCCAGAAUACAUCUAUCAGUCACCUUUGUAUUUUGGUCAAUUUUUUUCUGUUUUUGAAAACCUUGGUGUAAGCAAGACUGUCUCAGCUAAUCAUUAUGCAAAGGUGUUGAUAAAAAAGCAUUUGGAAAUUGGUGAAAAUAAAUUGAUUCCCAAUGACUGGAUGGUGGUACAGAAGGCAGUAGAUAGGCUGUUCAAAUAUCUUUCAUGUCAAAGUACCUCUAAUGAACUUUCUGUUUCAUGUUUGUAUUUGCCAAGUUCAAUGGAAACACUUGUGUGUGCCAAAGACUUAGUAUUGUCAAACUCCUAUACAUUACAGAAGCGAGUUGGGUAUCUACCCCUAACCUACUUCAUUGGAUUUGAUGAACUAAAUAUUCCUGUAUUUGAUCAUGAGGGUACAGUCCGUUUGCUACCAGAACAAAUUAGGCCACAUAUUCUAACAUCACUGGUUCAAGAACAUGUAACAGCAGAAUGCCAAAAACAGGCGUACACUGAUAUUUAUUCUGAUAUAUAUAUGCAGUGUAUUACAUCAUCUCCUUUUGUGUCUGGUGUUAUUCGGAUUGUUAAUCAUCAAAGUGUCUUAAAUUUUAGCAAGUCAGUAACUGAAGUUGAAGUGAGGUUGAUUGAAAAGAUACUUCAAAACAUCCAGAUUCAUCAAGUAAAUGAUCUAAAGACAAAUUUAAUUUAUUCUGAAGAACCUGUUGCAGGGAGUGAAGAAAAAAGAAACUGUUUUUUAGAGUUCAUACCUAAAGAAGAUGAAAAUGUGUUGUAUUUAGAUACACAUGCAUGCACAAAUAAGUUGGAUAUGUGUAAUCGAAUAGCAGAGAAAAUUGACAGAAUGGUCAGAGGAAAAAUUGGAAAUAAAACAAUCAAUUUAUCACAAAUGCUUCAAAUGCUUCAAAUGGGUGAAAAUGAUAUUAGUUCAUAUUUAGAUAAUUAUGGAGUUUUGUUGUCAAAUUUUCAACUUGGUAAAUCAAAGAAAAUUCUGUUUCCACCACCUGGAACUCUGAUUCCAGAAGACUUUCAUUGGAUGCUUGACAACAACUUUGAAAGUUUGAAAGAAAAUGAAUAUAUUGGCCUUGAAGUCUAUGAUCCAAUGCUCAAUGAAACAGAUGAAGAAGGAGAAACGUCAUCCUUGAACAGUGCAUCAACCUCAAGUAUGGAAUCAUCUGAUGCUGUCUACAUUUAUGCUAUUGUUAGGGACAUUAUUGAACAAAAUGUCUGUCCCAUGAUGAGUAAGUAUUGUGUUGAAGUUGGAGAAGGCAGAACGGAGGAACUGAAUGCUACAAAGCUGUACAAAUUUUGCAGGCAUAAAACAACUUCAAGUCAGGAACUUGUUUUGUCAAGUGCAUCACCAAGUUCACCAGAUUUAAAUGAUGUGCUGAAAGAAAUUCGACAGACAUUGAAAAAUGCAUGGUUACAUUUGGAUGAGCUUGAUCGACAGAGGGUGGUAAAACGUUUGUACCUGAAAUGGCACCCUGACAAGAAUGACCCAGACCAACAACAGCUGUGUACUAGUGUAUGUCAGUAUAUCCAGUUUUAUGUUGCCAAACUAAACCGUGGUGAAAGUAUUGAUGACACUGAAGAGAAACAUUCAUGGACACCACCAACAUUUGAAUCAUCAUGGUUUUUCACUAACAUGGACAGAAGGUCUGAAUCACAGAGUAAUUGUUACCAUAGUUACCAACAAAGAACAAGACACAGCUCUUAUUCAUCAUCUGGUAGUUAUAGCUUUCAUUCAGCUACAAGGGAGAAUGCCUAUCCACAUCUCCAAGAAGCCAAACGAUGGUUACGACAGGCAACAGUGGAUCUUGAAGCAGCCAAGAAAGGACUUUCAAACCCAUCAUAUGAUGCUUUCAACUGGAUUUGCUUCAAAUCACAUCAGGCUGCAGAAAAAGCCCUGAAGGCCUUGCUGUACAACCAUGAUGCCCGGCGGGCAGAUCAGAUCAGAAGUCAUGAUCUCCGGUCUGUGGCUCGGACCCUGCAGGUUUCAUUCAGUCAUCACUUGUCGGAUCCUGUCAAUCAGCUGGAGAGUCUUGUGUGUGAUUACAACCGGAUGCGAUAUCCAGAUCGUCUGUCCUUCCCACAGAUUCCUUCUGAUGUCUACAGCAGAGACACUGCUUGUAAUGCAUGUCGCCUCGCGGGUGAUAUCGUCCAGUAUGCAGGGAGUCAGAUCUGCUAGUUGAUAAGAUGACAGCAUUAGCAGUGAAUGAACAGUGAUGUCAAGGUGUCCCAACAAAUGAUCAAAGUUGGAUAAAUCCCCUUUCAACCAGUCCAUGUAGGGCCAACAGAUGUCACAGUGUAUGUUUUCUUAAAUUUGAAAUGUUAUUGUAGCUAUCAUGAACAGAAAGUAGACAAAUGUAUAUACAUAAUGUAUAUGUUUUGUAACAAAUGAUUUUAUAUUUUUGAUUGUUUUUUUUACCCAUGUAAUGUACUUUCAGUUGUUGAUGUAUGUACUACAAAUACUGAUUGUGUCAUGCAGAAGCAGGCCAGUUUAUGAUAUUUCAUGUCAUUUUGUUGUACAUAAGUUUUAUUGACCACAGUAAUGAGAUACAUGCAUGUAAUAUAUCGCUGAUAAAAACAUGGUUAUUUUUCCAACAAGUAUUGAUACUCACAUCAUACAACAUGUACAUGUGUAUGUGUGAUACAAGAUGUUUACAAAAACAAUAGAAUAUUGUGACAAAGAUACAUUUAUGAUUGUACCUUUUUGAAUUUAUGUAGUACUGAUAUGUAUAUAGAUUAUUUUUAUAUCUUCUGGGAUCUUUACAUUUAUUAUAUAAUGUACAUGUAUUCUGUAAAGAUAAAGCAUUAUCUUU